UCUAACAAUUUCUUAUGCACGGUAUUGGUUCAGAUUGUUGCGGUCAUUCGAGCCACUUCUUCCCAAGUCUACCGUGGUUGACCAAAUUUAAAUCUAGUACGAGCAGAGAAGAUCAUGGGCAUAUGGCGACCCCUGAAAAGAUUGUCAGUCAUUCUUCUUCGUCAGUCUUCUUCUUCCGACACAGUUAAAUCCAUAUCAUCAACGACACUAUUCGGGCAUCAGGCAAACAAGGAAACCCUGAUUGAUACCUUAGGAAGAAAUGCACUGUUCAGCCAGAAUAGCAAUUCUGCAAAACAGGUCCAGGUGUUACUUGGUACAUAUAAUGUAUUGAAUUUCAUGACCACUACUUUAGCAGAAGCUCGUCUAGAGAAGACAGAGAAUGGAGUUUCAUGUGAGGAAAAGAAGCUUAAUGUGGUUUUUGUAUUAGGUGGCCCAGGCAGUGGAAAAGGUACUCAGUGUACAAAGAUCGUUGAAAAAUAUGGAUUUACACAUCUGAGUGCUGGAGAUCUGUUGCGGGCGGAGAUUAACUCCAGUUCUGAAAAUGGAACAAUGAUUCAGAAUGUGAUAAAGGAAGGAAAGAUUGUUCCCUCAGAAGUGACAGUUAAUCUUGUAGAAAGGGCAAUGCGAGAAAGUGGCAAUCAUAAAUUUUUGAUUGAUGGCUUUCCUCGAAAUGAAGAAAACCGUACAGUAUUUGAACAAGUUACAGGAAUCGAACCGGAAUUCAUUCUUUUCUUCGAUUGUCCCAUGAAAGAGAUGGAGUGCCGUGUUCUUAACCGAAAUCAAGGUCGAGUUGAUGACAAUAUAGAGACAAUAAGAAAGCGCUUUAAAGUCUUUGUGGAAUCAACUCUGCCUGUAGUUGAUUACUAUGACUCAAAGGUGAAGGUGCAUAAGAUUGAUGCAACAGGGACAAAGGAAGAUAUUUUUAAGGAAAUUAAAGUGCUUUUUGAGCCUUAUGUUCAAGAAAAGAAGAAAGAGAAUGACGUGAGAAUUGAUUAGAUUCUUGUGUCAUAACAUUAGUGAUGAAAAGGUAAAGAUAGUUUUUUAUGAAAUGAAAUAUCCAUAGCCUUUUUUCAAAUUAGUACUUAUAGUUAUGUCUGCUGAAAUCUAACUGAAAAUCUUAUGAAGCUAUUACUCUAUUAGGGAGGGGUCCCAUGGAUGGGAGUUUCUUUAAAAAUUUCAGUCGUUGUUGUUGAGAGUUUUUAGGAAUAUUUUAGAGCAGGUGGUCCCAUGAAUUUUGUAGUGCAGUUGGAGCUCUGAAAUUUAUAGAAGUUGUUGAUCUCAUGAAUUUAGUUAAUGACUAAUAUUUUAGCCGAGUUUUGUUGGAA